AUGGCCACCAGAAUCCCAGAAUCGAGCUUGCCUGCCCGGCCUACCUUUGGCGUAAGCCUGGGAAGCCUCGGAUACUUUCUUACCAAGGAUGGUGUUAUUCGCAAGAUCAACAACCCAGAUGAGGGCUUCAAAUUCGACGUGACCAAAGAUGAGCGCAUCGCAAAGAUAGAGGCUCACGCCGUACAGCAGGCUGUCCGUGGUGUGGUCAUGCACCAUCUAGAAGACAUGGGAAUGAAAUUCAUUCCAAUCCCAGUCAAAGCCAGAGGAGUUCCACAUACCAUGGUCCUCGGAAGCCGUAACCUGAAGACCGCCAAGCGCAUCAUCGUCUUGUGCGGCGACGAAACCGAAGACAUGGGAAUCUUCUCCUACCUUGAUACCAUCGAACACGGUCUCAGAUUUGGCACCAUUCUCGGCAUGAUCAGCGACAUCUGCAACGGCCGAAAAGUCGCGGCAGACGACGUAGCCCUGCUUGUCUUGAACCCUGCCCAUUGCGUCUGGAACCCUCACACCCAGCUCGCUGAGUCCCUUGAGACCUUUCGCCUGCGUGAAGCUCCCUCUCUGAUCUCCCCUGUUCGAGGCCCGACCCGACGCAAUGAGAUCCAGGGCAAUCACAAUUCUUAUGAGCACACGGAGUACGUCUUUGAGCAAGUCCUCUUGCCCCAUCUGCUUGAAAACAACAAGCUGGACAUCCUGGGGGUCGCCGAUGGGGGCUUUGCUGUAUACAAGUACCUGAAGGACAAUUGGAAAUUCUGGCGCCAGUUUAUCUCCAACAUGCAGCUCAUCGACCCCCGCCACAUCUUCGACGAAACCACCCUCGACAGCCUCUCCAUCCCCACCUCCUUCGCGUCCUUCAUGCGUGACCGUUGCCGCGCCUGGGUCCGCUCCGAUCUCCCACUAGGCAGCCACGAAAUUGGCAUCGGGGCCCGCGGCUGCAACUGCUAUGCGGCGGGUGAAACAGCCCACGGAAAUGCCAUGUUACCGCGUAGUAUGGCCAAAGUGCUGGCGUGGAUGGAGCUGAUGCACGCCAACCCCGCGCUGAAGGAGUCGCCCCGGCUCGUUGAAGGCGAGGCGUAUAUGCUCGAGCGGGCCGAUCGUAACGGCCCGCCCGCUGAUCAUGACUGGGCUGGAUCGUUUGUGCUAAGCAAUCUACUGCGGUUGAGCUGGUGUGGCCCACCCGAGAAGCUGAAGGGAAAGUACGCCCAUGAGCUGGUAUUGUUUGGCCGCGGUCUUAAUGACGCUUAUGAUUGCACCCCAAUUAAUCAUCUCAAUGCGUUAAUGGGCCGUAUCUAUGAAUAUCUCGAGGCGUUGGAGGAUGAGGAGAAGUGUGGUGGUGAUGUUGCCCAGUUGGGCGACGGCGAGGUCUCCACGGCAGAGAAAGCCGAUGCUGCGCUGUGA